AUGCCAGCAUUAGCUGCCGAUGAAGGAGCCCUCCUCGAACAUAUUUGGCCGAAGAAAGAGAGCGUAACACUUGUCAAAUGGUCAGAGGCUAUAUCCCUUUUGUAUUACAUCACUGCAACAGGGGGUCUUGGUUUACACUUUGAUGGACCAUAUAUGCCAUCGCUCAAAUUGCUACACAAGUUCCCCAACCUCCUUCCACAUGCUCAGAUUGACCGAGGAGCAAUUCCUUACCUCCUUGGUGGCGCAAAUAUGAUGUGUCCGGGAUUUACAUCGAAAGGGGGGAAGCUACCAGACAAAGACUCGGCACUUCCCGCUGGUGCACCAAUCGCCAUACAUUGUGAGGGGAAAGAGCAUGCUAUUGGAGUUGGCGUUCUUAAAAUGGGAACGGAAGAGAUCAAAAGUGUAAACAAGGGGAUAGCGGUUGACAUCGCAACAUAUCUCGGCGAUGGAUUAUGGGCAAUAGAAAAGCUAUAA